UCCUACCUCAGCGUCUGCGCCCUGCGCCUGCACAGCUGGGCCGCCCGCCCGCGCCUGCACAAGGCACACGACGGCGAGUGCAAGCUGGCUCCUGUGAUCAUUGUGCCACCAAAAAAGAUCCAUAAUGUAACUGGUGCCCAAGUGUACCUGUCCUGCGAAGUGAAGGCAGUCCCCACACCUAUCAUCACAUGGAGAAAGGUCACCGAGUCACCAAAGGGAGUUAAGCUCCUGGAAGAACUGCCUGGAGACAGAGUAAACAUGGCAGUCCAAGUUCGUGGUGGGCCUUCUAAACAUGAGAGCACAGGGUGGGUCCUGAUUAAUCCACUGACAAAGGAAGAUGAGGGGGUUUACCAGUGUCAUGCUAACAAUAUGGUUGGAGAAGCGCACGCUGAUGGGAACAUCAAAGUCACAGAGCAAAGUAAAAGCAAGAAGACUGACUUCCUAGCAUCUGAUAGUGUUUUCUAAUGAGGAAGAAGUGAUUCAACCUUCACUCGAGGGGAACUAGGAACACUGAGCAGAAGCAAAAAAACUUGUCGAUGAGUGGCUUGCUUUGCUUUCUUACACUUUGAGAAUUAGGAUACCCUAAAUUAAUAUGGUUGUUACAUGCUAAACAUUGGUUUUGUACAUUUUCCUAUUUAGAUAAAUAUUAGAUUCAUAAUGAAAAUAUGUAGUUUGUAACUGGGAGAAAAUAAUGAGCAAUAAAAAGCAAGAAGUUUUUUUUACCAUUUUAAAUGAUAUUCUGUCUCUGGGAUU